CCUCAUUCAUUUAACAUAACCUUUUUUUUGUUUUGUAAACGGCAUAGACCUUUACUAGGUCUAUGGUAAAAUAGAAAAUGUUUAAUAGUUUAAAAAUAAAACUGAGUCCUAAAUUAUUGAAGAGCAUUUGUAAUUAUUCACAAAAUAUUGCUCAGCCACUUAGAAGCAAAAAACCAAGAUCUAGCAGUAACACAGUACAACACUUUGUAGACUUUAAACGUCUUCGUGUAAUAGGAGGAUCAGGAGGAGAUGGAUGUAUCUCGUUUUUAUCGCUAUGGAGCAAUGAAUUAGCUGGACCUGAUGGUGGCGAUGGAGGGAAUGGUGGUCAUGUUAUUUUCCAAGCAUCAAAUGACAUCUACGAUUUGAAUCAUGUCCCUACAAUAGCAAAAGGUUUAAAUGGUGAAAAAGGGUCUAAUAAAGACUGCCAUGGCAAAAAUGCUAAUCAUAAUAUAAUUAAAGUGCCAGUUGGUACAAUAGUAAAAAAUGCUCAAGGUAAAGUUAUAGGCGAUCUAUCUCAUGAAGGGUUAAUGUUUCUUGCAGCUAGAGGAGGUGCAGGUGGUAAAGGAAACCAUUUUUUUAUAACAGACACUGAGCAAGCACCAAAAAUUUGUGAAUAUGGAGCAUUUGGUGAAGAUUUUGAGUAUAGUAUUGAAAUAAGAACCAUGGCACAUAUUGGAUUGCUAGGAUAUCCAAAUGCCGGAAAAAGUACUUUGCUCAGGGCUAUAUCAAGAGCAAGACCAAAGGUAGCACCAUACCCAUUUACAACAUUGAAGCCGUAUGUAGGGAUGGUUCAAUAUGAUGAUUAUGAGCAAAUAGCAGUGGCUGAUCUUCCUGGGCUAAUACCUGAUUCACACAAAAAUAAAGGUUUAGGUAUACAAUUUUUACAGCAUGCCGAAAGAUGUAUGGCACUUUUAUAUAUCGUUGAUGCCUCUCUACCUGAACCUUGGGAAGCCGUCAGUGUACUCCAAAACGAGCUGAUGCAAUUUAACAAAAACCUUAAAGAGCGACCACAGUUAGUUAUAGCAAAUAAAAUAGAUAUUCCUGAAAGCGAAGAAAAUGUGGACAAAUUGAAAGAAAAUGUUAAUUUGCCCGUUAUACCUGUAAGCGCUAAAUUAGGUACCAACAUAAGUACACUUUUAAGAGAAAUUAGAAUAUUGUAUGAUAAAAAUAGGGAAUUAGAAGAUCAAGAAAACAGUAAUAAAGAUUGAUUAGUAUA